AUGGAUGAAGUUGAUGUGUUGAAGCGUUUGCUUCGUAAGCUAAACGCAGCAAAUGUGAGUCCGGAAGAACGUCAGCGACUUCAGGCACAAAUUGAAGAAAUUAUGGGACAGGAGUCCGAUCCAUUUGAAACAAGUGGCGACGUAGAAGAUGAUGAAUAUUUUCCAGAUGAAGAUGACUUCGGUGAAGCAUUAGAUAUAGAACAGGAAAUCGAGUUAGAGGCUGUUCUGGAUGAAAACCAUGAUGAUAUUGAGGAUUUGUAUAGAGAAGCUAUCGCCCUUGAGGCUUCAACUACAAUGGAAUCAUGCAGCACAUCUAUUACCCAGGGCCUUAUAUACAGGUCGAAAGAUGGUAGAAUGUGGAAUUCAAAUCCUCCACCACCUGGAAGGCCUCGUUGUCACAAUGUUACAACUUUUACUCGUAAAGGGCCACUACGAGGAGCGUCACCGAGUCAUAAAGCUCUUUUCAAGCUAUUGCAGUCUCCUGAAAUCGUAAGUAUCAUUGUGCGGGAAACCAACAGAAAAGCCGUUGAAGCGUUUCGACUAUGGAAUGAAAAGCAUCCCAGUAAUAAACAGCGUUCUUGGCCAGCGAAAGAAUUGUGGGCCAGCUACAAUAUGCCAAUUUAUAAGGCCACUAUGUCAUUGAAUCGGUUCAAGAGCUUAACUACUUUCAUCCGUUUCGAUAACAGUGGUACUCGUGCUGAGAGGUUGAAGCAAAGCAAAACUGUAGAGAUAGCAUACACUCCGGAUUGUCAUGUAACCGUCGAUGAACAGUUAUUUCCAUGUCGUGGGCGCACUCGAUUCACCCAAUAUAUUCCGAGUAAGCCGGCAAAAUAUGGCAUGAAAGUGUGGUGGAUUUGUGACUCUGUUUCAAACUACCCUUUGAAAGGUAUAAUUUAUACUGGAAAACCACCAGGUGGCCAGCGAGAAACGAAUCAAGGUGAACGGGUCGUCAUGAAAUUCAUGCAAAAUUAUAUGGACAGCGGUAGGACUGUUUAUGCUGACAAUUUUUGUUCAACAUACAACUUGGCAGAAAUGUUGAUGAAUCGUAGAGUGGCUUUUGUCGGUACCGUAAGAAAAAAUAAGACCUUCAUUCCGCAUGAAUUGCUUAACCCGAAGCGUGAUGUUAAAAGCACUUUAUUUUGUUAUCGCAAUAAUAAUAUCGGUCUGUGCUCGUAUAUGGCAAAGCCGAAAAACCCAGUAAUUAUGUUAUCCACUGCCCAUUACCGUCAAAGCACCGAUCCAGAUCAAAUUUUGGACUACAAUAAAUUUAAAGCGGGGGUAGAUACAAUGGAUCAAAUGUUGACGGGCUAUGCGUGCAAAUGCUCGACAAACCGUUGGCCACUGGCAAUGUUUUAUAAUAUGCUGGAUAUUGCCGGUUUGGCCUCAUUCAUCAUCUAUGACGAGCUGAAUCCGGCAAAGCAGAGUGAUAAGAGGCGCUCAUUUAUUAUUGAAUUGGCACGGCAGCUAGUUAUUCCACAUAUGACGAAACGGGCGACUAACCCAUUAGUAUGGAGGUUUGCUCAUAUAAGACAAGCAAUGAAUCUUUUUAAUAUCAAGGUGAGUAUGAAUUAUAUACACACCUACAUAUAUCUCCGCGUAUAA